CACAGCGUACUUCAAUGACAUUUUCAAGUGUAAAAGAUUAUCAAUAUAUUUCAUCUCCAACCCUCAGAUCUAUUCCAGGCCACGAUGCCUCAUCCAUUUCCCAAAGGAGCACCGAAAAAAUAUGGUCUAGCACUCAUGAUGACAUCAACAGCUGGGUUGGACAUGUCACGCAAGGAGAAUUUUAGAAAAUAGUCAAUAUUUCCUAUAAGACGUGUAUAAUACCAGUUAAAACAAACAAAAAAAAGCAACACUCAUCUAUUGAUUCAUCCAUGACCAAAAUAAGAUCGACAAUGUCGCAAAAAGAUGAUAAAUCCUACUUCGAAACUCCAUUUUAUGGCUGCGCAGCUUGCGCGGCAGGUAUAUCGGCCGUUGAGGAUAUUCGGAGGGAGAAAUUAAAGGUGAACUUGAAGAGACAUCAGUGCGAUUACCCAGAGUGUGGGUGGUGUGAUGCCGACGAAAUUGACGAAGCAUGUUUCUCGACUGUCUUGAUGUGGAGCACCUUUUUCCGUGCUAUUAUUCCAGCCUGGAAACAAGGGAAUUACAGGAUUUCGGGGAUAGCGCAGGGGCUGGAAAGCCUUGCCGUGGUAGGGGUACCCUGGGAAAGAAACGCAUGUAUUUUAGGAGACGAUAUGUGCAGCACUUAUUACAGCGUUGAGUUACAUCCUAUAAGCCUUUUGGAUGACCCUCCUGUGGAAAGAAAAGACGAAACAUCAUGGUGUUAUCUUAUUCAUGCACGCUGCUGGAAACUGCUGGAAGGAAUGAUAGGGCCCCAGGCGAAGGAACAGCUGCCGAGCCUCGUAUCCGCUCUUCGACAGAAGUUCAAAAGCCUCUCUUUCGGACUGGGUGGACACACUACCUCCUUGUCCGGAUGUUCAAUGUGUGUGCAUCCUCUCCGGAACCGGUCGUAUAUGAGAGAUCCUCUCAGAUUGCGUUCUGUUCAACAGUUGAUCGCGAAAGCCAUACAACGUCGAUCUGCGAAAAGUUUGAAACUGAAGGAGGUAACUCGUGCAACUGUCAGACCCCGGUCUUUCCGUGACGAUCUCCCAAUGGAGAUUAAAUAUUUGAUUAUUGAAAAUACAAGGGAGAUAGACACAGCAAACCUUAUAGCGGCGUUUGAUUGGUUCAUUCCUGACUCAUAUUGGGUAGCUCGGUUGCCAUUUGAUCUUAUUCCAGAGCUCCAGCAAAUACCUUUUGAUCAGCUGGACAUGUCAUACUUGGGAGCGGGAAUUGCAUACUUGCUGGCGAGGACCCCUGACAUGCGGAACAGAGCAAGGACCGUUGGGAUACUGAAAGAAACAACACAGAUGUUUUGGAAGAUUAUAGAGGACGCCAGAGUUGACAAGGCAAGUGUUGAGGAAGCUUUGGGGCGUUGAGAUUUGUGUCGGUAGAGAUCUGUUGUUUGAUGUCUUUGCUAGAGCUAAGUAUUUAAUUUACUACCGAAGGGGG